UUGUAUAAAUCGGUGGCGGGAGACGGAGCACUGAGCAGGAUAGUGGCGAUACGCUGACUGUUUAUUUUUUUAGUUUUGAUUUUCAGAUAUUAGCAGCAACAAGGCGCAACAGAUAGCGCUAGUUACUUUUAAUAAAAUAAUUGUCUUUGCUGAAGGGGGACGCAAGAUGGAUGAUUUCGGAGUUUAUGCAGUUUUCGGAGUAAACAGUCCGCCUCAGAGGCUCCUGUGUACCAGCGGGUCGUGUCGGGUGUCUCUUGCAGUACCGCCGGCCGCCCGCCAGGUGGUGCUGUUCAGCAGCGGGCCGUGGGGGGAGCGGAUCUGCGUGAAUGCAGACCUCAACGACGCUGACAGGAUCCCAAUCACUAUCGGCAAGCUGACGCCAUACAACAAGUGCCUGUCCUGGGAGCAGUGGGAGGAGGAGACCUGGACAGACGGGGUCACACUCACUGUCACCCUAGAGGGAGGAAACCUGGUAAAAGCGGACUGGUCAGAACCAGAGCUCAUGCUCGCCAUGAAGGAAUACACUCCAAAGGACGCCAUGGCGCCUCCUGCACCCCGAGAGCUCAACGGCAAGAGGAAGAGAGAGCGAACGGCGGAGGAGGAGGAAGAUGUGGAGAAGGCGGCGAGGAGAGGAGAGCAGGAGGACAACGUGCGUCCUAACGGCGCUGUGGAGAAGACGACCCCUGUGAGAAAGGUCAGAGGUCAAGGCAGAGGAGGCCAGAGGCUGUUUGCCAGCGAGGGAGACGCUGCCAAGACGACAGCGGCAGCAGCUGAUGGAGCGGGAGAGGCGCAGGGGAUUGUGGGAAGGACGCCUCCGCACAGCACAACCAGGACGAAGGGUAGACAGGCCAAGACUCCCACACAGGCCGCCCCACUCGUCAGCCCGUCAGGUCGCUGGGGUCAGACCAUGUGUCCCAUCGACGCUCAGACGGCAAUUCUGAUUGGAGGGCAGGGAGCCAGGAUGCAGUUCUGCAAAGACCCCAUGUGGAAGCUCUGCACAGAGGACCUGUCCUGGGUUGCGGCGGAGACGCUGGCGGAGGGUCCCACCCCUGAGGCCAGGAUCGGUCACACGGCGGUCUAUGACCCCGACUCCAAACGGAUCUUUGUGUUCGGCGGCUCCAAGAACAAGAAGUGGUUCAAUGACGUUCACAUCCUGGACACCCAGAGCUGGAAGUGGACCAUGGUUGAGGCUCAGGGGAAAGUGCCCCCCCUGGCCUACCACAGCUGUAGUUUGUUCCGGGGCGAACUGUUCGUGCUGGGAGGGGUGUUUCCCUGUCCCAACCCGGAGCCGGACGGCUGCAGCGACUCCCUGUACAUCUUCGACCCGCACCUCUCCAUUUGGUACCAGCCCAUCGUCACGGGUGACAAGCUCUCCCCCCGCUCAGGACACUCAGCGUGUGUGAUGCAGGAGAGGAAGAUCUAUGUGUUUGGUGGAUGGGACUUUCCUGUCUGCUACAACGACAUGUACAUGUUGGACCUGGGCCUGAUGGAGUUUUCUGCAGUGAAAACAACAGGAAAAGCCCCCUCUCCUCGCAGCUGGCACGGUAGCGCGGUGCUCUCAGACACCAAGUUUCUGAUCCAUGGCGGUUACAACGGAAACAACGCUCUCAACGACACCUUCAUCUUCGACACAGACACCAACAGCUGGACCGAGGUGACCCACCCUGAGCUCUCGGUGCCGCGGGCGGGCCACUCCAUCAUCACCAUGGAGACCGGCCGCCCUCGCCCUUCGGCAGAGGAGGAAGACGGCGAUGAAGGUGCAGGUCGCACCGGCAGAUGCCUGCUCAUGUUUGGAGGCGGAGACAACGAGGGCGACUUCUACUCCGACCUGACGACCGUUUCCGUGGAGGAGCUGCUCCGUGAAAUGUAACGAUGACGUCUCAGAGGUGAACCCUCACUCCCCGAUGACAUGUGAAACCACCCCUUAUUUUUAUGUAUAUGUGAUGUUUUCCUCUCUUUUUAAGUGUUUACUUUCCUUCUAUUAAAGAGUUUAUAUUAUUUAAUUUCAUUGUUUUGAAGUUAUGUACAUAAGGUUUAUAUUUUAUAUAACAUGCUUUUUUGUUGGAAAUUAAAAAUCCCCAGUCUCUCAUCAUGGAUCCGAGACUAGUUAGUUGUUGGGUUUUAUGUAAAUAGUUACUUCUCAGGUAAAAUUUUAAUUGUAUUUUUAUACAUAAAACUGCGUUUCUCAUUAUCCUCUAAGGGAAUGAUGGAUUAUGUAGCAAGUAUAAGGGUUUUCAAUAGCCACUGUUACUUGAAUACAUUGCCACUGCAGGAGGUAUUGCAUUUGUUUUAUUGGUUUCAGAAGCGUAUUUGUUAAUAGCUGUCAUGUUCUCCAAAUUGUGCUGCAUCUGCUUCGUGUUGUCUGCUUGGAAAAUCCUAAUUUUGAUUCCUCAGUUGCAUUUGUGCUGUUUUUUUUUACUCAAUAAACACUUGCA